AUGGUGGAUAAUCACAAGGUUUGUGUGGUUGUUCUUAUGGAGACCAGAACUAGUAGUGUGGUUUGCAGUAAACUUUUGAAGAAGAUUAAUUUUGAUAAGUUUAUUGUUGAGGAAGCCAUUGGUUUUGCAGGUGGAAUUUGGGUUCUUUGGGACUCUAGAAAAGUAACUGUCAAUCUGCUAAGUAGUAAGUCUCAGUUUAUUCAUAUGAAAAUGGAGCUUGAGGAUAGUAAGAGCUUUUUAUGGACUGCGAUUUAUGCAAAUCCUAAUGAGGAGAUUAGACAUGCUAUAUGGGAGGAUAUAAGAGUUGAAGAAAUUGGUGGUUUGGGAUCUAAAUUUACAAGGCAGGGUCCUAAAUGGCAUAAUUUAUACCGAGUUUUUAAGAAGUUGGAUAGAGUGUGUGCCAAUGUUAAUUGGAGAAUUGCUUUUGAGGAAGCUGAUGUUCGAAUCCUCCAUAGAAUUUUAUCUGAUCAUAACCCUUUGCUGCUUUCUUUGUCUAUUCUUUUGAUUUCCCCUCUUCAAAAAUGGAACAAAGAGGUUUUUGGUGAUAUUAAUAACCGUAAGUGUGCUUUGAUUCAAAAAAUUGCUAGCAUUCAAGCUCAAAGGGAGGCUCUGGACAGUUCUGGUUUGCAGGAAGUUGAGCACUAUCUUCAAGAGCAAUUAGAUAUUACUCUUGGUCAGGAGGAGCUGUUGUGGUACCAGAAAUCUAGGCACAAGUGGAUAAUUGAUGGGGAUAAAAACACAAGUUUAUAUAAGAAGUUAUUUGAAGAGGAGGUGGGGGAUAAGAGAUGGAUUAUUUCAGAAAAUAUGUGGCCAAUUUUAUCUCAAGAAGAUUUGAAGAGGAUGGUUAUUCCUCCUAGUGAUUAUGAGAUUAAACAGGAUAUGUUUUCAAUGGGUGCUUUUAAAGCCCCUGGUUUUGAUGGUUUCCCUGCUGUUUUCUUUCAAAGAAAUUGGAACACAUUGAAAGUGCAGGUCUGUACUGCAAUUAAGAAGAUGUGGUUUAAUCCAGCUUCAAUAUCAGAGGUCAAUUCUACUCUUCUUGUUCUAAUUCCAAAGCAUGUGAUGGAAAAGGAGGUGUCUCCUUAUCAAGUUAGUUUUGUUCCGAAUAGACAAAUUCAGUAUAUUAUUUCUAUUGUUCAAGAGUUAGUUCAUUCGACGAGUAAGAUGAGAGGGAAGAAGGCUUAUAUGGCAAUUAAAAUUGACCUGGUCAAGGCUUAUGACAGGAGGUUUGAGGCAGGGGAUCCCCUUUCACCGUACCUGUUUGUUUUGGCUAUGGAAAAAUUGAGUCAUAUUAUUACUACUGCAGUAAAUGGGGGUUUGUGGAAGCCUAUGUAUGUUGGAAAAGGUGGCCCGAAGAUAUCUCAUCUUGCAUGUGCAGAUGAUCUUAUGAUGUUUAUGGAAGCGUCUGAAGAGCAAAUUAAGAUCCUUCUCAAGUGCCUCAAUAUCUUUGAGGAGAUGUCUGGUCAAAAAUUAAGCGUGGAAAAAACUUGUGUGUAUUUUUCUAAAAAUACCACAAUGGAGACUAUGGAGAAAGUUGUCCAUCUCAGCGGUUUUAAGCGUGCUACUAAUGUCAGAAGGUAUCUUGGAGCUAUGCUGCGUCAAGGUAGAGUUUCUAAGAAUCUAUAUGGAGGGCUGGUGGAAAAAGUAAAGAGUAAGCUUAGUAGUUGGGAGCAACAGUGUCUUUCACAAGUGGGUAGGAUUACGCUAUCCCAAUCUGUUUUGGCUGCAAUUCCAUCUUACCAAAUGCAAAGUUGUAAGCUUCCUUUGAUGGUGUGUGAGAACAUGGAGAAGCUACAAAGAAAUUUUAUUUGGGGUGAUAAAGAAAAUGUUCGUAGAUAUCAUCCCAUUAAUUGGAACAUAGUCACAUCCCCUAAACUACAUGGUGGGCUCAGGUUGAGAAAUUUAGCUAAGAUGAAUGAUGCUUUUUUGGCUAAAAAGGCGUGGAAAAUUUAUACAGAGCCAGACCAGCUGUGGGUGCAAGUACUUCAUGCCAAAUACAAGAGCGGUAAUAGGAUAAACUCCUUAUUUGUUGCAAAAAAGGGUGAUUCUAGCUUUUGGAAAAAUGUUUGCAGGAUGUGGCAUGUUAUGGAGGAUAAUUUGGUGUGGGAAAUUGGCAAUGGCAAGGAGGUUAAUUUUUGGAAGGACAAUUGGUUGUCAGGCUCAAUUAUUCUGGAAAAUUUUGUUGUUAAUGAAGUCAUUCAACAGUUGGAAAAUUUAAAAGUUGCAGAUGUUAUCAAUCAAACAAGUGAGUGGGAUUUUAAUAAGUUGAAUAGCUGGCUGCCUUUAAACAUUGUUAAGGUUAUUCGUAGUGUUCUACCUCCCAUGGUGGAAGAUGGAACUGACAAAAGAAUUUGGGAGAUCCAAAAAUCUCAUUCUGUUUCUAUGGGUGCCAUUUAUGCUUUUCUGUAA